AUGACACACAAGCCGCGUCCCGAACUGGCGCGCAGACCGGAACCGGCCUCAGGCACCGCUCACUCCAGGGAGAUUUGGGUCCGUUCAGCCCGGGUGAAGAUCCAAGCGAUGACCACCUUCUCCUCCGGACUUGGACCCCAGCCCUGGAUCCACGCUUCCUUCUCCUUCCGCGGCGCCGGCCACGACUCCGUGAAGCUGAUCAAGUUCGCGGACGACACCACCCUCAUUGGACUCAUCUCCAACAACGAUGAGUCCGCCUACAGGAGGGAGGUGGACCGGCUGGUGUCCUGGUGCAGUGGUAACAACCUGGAGCUGAACGCCCAGAAGACAGUGGAGAUGAUUGUGGACUUCAGGAAGAGCACUGUCCCCCCGCCCCCACCCUCCGUGAUGGACUCCCCCAUCACCUCUGUGGAGUCCUUCCGUUUCCUGGGCACCACCAUCACCCAGGACCUCAAGUGGGAGCCGACCAUCAGCUCCCUCAUCAAGAAGGCCCAGCAGAGGAUGUACUUCCUGCGGCAGCUCAGGAAAGCCAAGCUGCCUGCACAGAUGUUGGUGCAGUUCUACACGGCCAUCAUCGAGUCCAUCCUCACCUCCUCCAUCACCGUGUGGUUCGCUGGAGCCACAGUCAGGGACAAACAGAGACUACAGCGCAUUGUGCGCUCUGCAGAGGAAGUGAUCGGCCGCAGCCUUCCAUCGCUGCAGGACCUAGUGUCUGGAUACACCUCAGCCAAAAUAACCAUGUCUGACUUCUCUGAAGAUCAAAUCCUUGAGUACAAGGAGGCAUUCCUGCUGUUUGACAGGACUGGAGAUGGAAAGAUCAGCUUCUCUCAGUGUGGGGACGUCAUGCGUGCCCUGGGGCAGAACCCUGUCAACGCAGAGGUCCUCAAAGUGCUGGGGAACCCCAAGGCUGAGGAGAUGAAUAUCAAGAUGUUGGACUUUGAACAGUUUUUGCCCAUGUUCCAAGCCAUUGCCAAAAACAAGGAUCAAGGUUCCAUGGAAGAUUUUGUUGAGGGACUGAGAGUCUUUGACAAGGAGGGAAAUGGAACAGUAAUGGGGGCUGAGCUCCGCCACGUUCUUACCACGCUAGGGGAGAAAAUGACAGAGGAGGAGGUGGAGAUGCUCUUGGCAGGACACGAAGAUGCAAAUGGGUGCAUCAAUUAUGAAGAACUGGUCAGGAUGGUGAUGAACGGCUGA